UCUGGUCGAUUUCUCUACAAACCGUUGAUCGCCACAACAUGCUGCCCGCAGUACACAAUUCGACUGGAUGUGCAGAGAUUUUAUCUCUCACGAUCGCAAAAGCGAGUACUGCGUCGCAUGAACGACUUCCUUCUAAAGGAUAUUCGACCAAAGGAACGGCCCGAGAAAACUGAGGAUGCGAUCAAGAAAAAGGAUUUGUUAACAGACGAUACGCAGUGUACUCGACGAGGUUUUACAGAUUUUUUGACCGACUCGCCUCUUUUCAGUGACGAAGGAAGCGCCGAAAAUAAGUCCGUGGCACUCGGUACUUAUCAUCAGCAAUACUAUUUGGAUGGCCAGCUGAUUGCUGUUGGUGUUGUGGAUAUUUUGCCGCGCUGCUUAUCCAGCAAAUAUCUUUUUCAUGAUCCUCAAUAUAAAUUUCUCAUGCUUGGAACAUAUACCGCUUUAAGUGGUUGCUUCAUGUUUGCAGAAGAAUUCGUUUCCCAAACAUCGAACAGAGCAUUUUCGAUCUUUUUUUUGAUAAACCACAAAUUUUGUCCACAAAUUUUUGUUCAUUUCAGGGAAAUUGCAUUUGUUAGAGAACUUAUGAAAGAAAGACCGGAGCUGCAUUAUUACUAUAUGGGCUACUACAUACAUUCAUGCGCAAAAAUGCGUUACAAAGGACGUUUUCAUCCAUCUGACUUAUCUGUGAUACUUUAUGGAAAUUUAUUGAAAAAGCGGGGAUUCACGGAAAAAGAGACAUACAUGGACGAUUACGCCCAUAUUGUUGGUCCUCUUGCGCAGGACAUACUACUGUAUAGGGUGCCAAAAUAG